AUGUUGACAUUACCACAUCGGCUCCAUCUCAACAAACGCACUCACAGCAGGACUGAUGGAUGGUUAAAGUAUCCAUGCAGUUACCUCCUGUUUAGUUGCCAUCUAGUGAGAAGUAAUAAUAAGGCAAAGUCCUGA